AUGGCACAGUCUUGUGUACCCUGCUAUGAACGUCCACGUAAUUUUCAAUGGUACUGGAAAUCAUCUGAUGAGAAGUGGGAAAAAUAUUUGGAUGUUGAAAAUGAAAUUAUUGAAGAUGCGCACAAUGAGAGACAGGAGUAUGUCGACAUUGAUGGUGGUUAUACAAUUGAUUUGAAACAACAGAUUCAACAAAAAAGCAACUCCCAUGAGCGAUGGCCAAUAAAACGCGAUCAAUUUGAUAAACAUCUUACAAAUGUACAACUAAGAGAAGAUAGAUUUUCAUCUUCGAUAACAAUUUCUACUCCGACAACAAUAACGACAACGUGCUCCGAUCAAGAGGUGUUAGGAGCAGAUGAUUUACUGAAAUAUUGGCUGAACGCAGGUUCGCUUGAUGAUAUUUAUCGAGAACUUGAAAAUGCUAAUAAUAAGAAAACAAUUAGUGACCUAAUCCAAGAGGCUUCGAAUGGAAUAAUUGAAGAAGGAAGUGCAAUCGGAGAAGCAGAAAAAGCGCGAUGGUUAGCACGACAAUUAAAUAAUGUCAAAAAUUAUGGUGAAAAUAUACAAUUUGGUCCCAAUAAAAUUCCAUCAGAAAUUGGUAAUACUCUGGUUAAUCUCUAUACGCGAGAAACAUUUUUGUAUAAAUUAAUCAAUAGCGUCAUUCGAGAUCUCCCAUCCAUGACACGAAAAAAAGUUAAAACGACGGCCCGUUUUGCGUUUUAUUACGUUCAUAUAUAA